CUGCGAUACUGGUUCCUCUCGGGAAGUGUUUUCGGUCUUCAAGGCCACACACCCGUCUCCGUCUUCUUCCCCCUUUCGAUUUCAGUAGACUUUCGAAAAAGAAAUACCGCCACUAGAAAUGACAACAGCUAGAGCUAGGGCGCGAUUCCAAGACAGCGUAGAGUAAAGAUAUAGAGCCUCCAAAGUACUCAUCGUUCCAAUGGAUCGGAUCACUGCAGCGAACGAGGUCGCCUUCAGAGUAGGGUUUUCUGGCCACAGCGGCCAUCUAAGGCUCGAGCCCCUUCCCCCGGUGGAGCGGUCGAAUCCUCUGAAAUCUCUCCCCGAUUUCGUCCUCCCGCCAGCGUCCCUGCAGGAAACACCGGAGAGCGUGAAGAAAUACCUAGAGGAGAAGUACCUGCAGCCGAGAUUGGAUCCCGAUGAGUUCUCCGUCGAGAAUAGUGGACGGCAGUGGGAUUUCGAUUGGUUUGAUCGGGCAAAAGUGCCGCUGGAGCCUUCGGCUCCUCGGUCCCUUGUCGUCCCCGCUUGGGAAUUGCCUUUCAGGCGAUCCAGGAACAAAACUCCUUCGGGGGCUUGGGAUCCCGCCUCGAUUGAGGCAGACGUAGCGGAGAUAUUAGGAGGAGCCCAGGAUUCUGGUACAACACCACGGAUGCCUGGGCCUGCGAAGGAUUUUGUAAGGGGGAGCGUCAAUAACCGCCCUUUUCGCCCGGGCGGUCUUGUUGACUCACCUUCGGAGAAAUCUCUUCCCGAGGGUGCUAAAAGUGGUGAUUGGGUGCACGAGAUUGUUGACGGCGGUGUUGCUCAGUCUGUUCCUCCUAGUUUUAAGAAAGGACUGGAUUUAGGCUGUCUCAAGCAACGCCCGUGCCAUUGGAAGCUUGUUGACAGUAAGAUCUCCACUACUACGAGUGUUUCUGGGAAGAAUCUGGCUAGGUUGUCUGUGCAAUUUGAUGAGUUAUUCAAGAAGGCUUGGGAAGAAGAUAUUGUUGUUGAAGGAGCAACAAGUGACGAUCCGGUUUCUGCUGACAAACAAGUCGAGGAAAAAGAGGAUGGUAUUCUUGACACUAUUCCUAUUUUUGAUACUAACCCUAAAUCUGAAUCCUUCGAUUUAGACAAGAUUCUACUGGAGGAACCAAGAAAAAUAGAUGCAGAGCUACACAGAGGGAGCACAAGUAGUAAACAACAAAAAGGGGAGGCUUGGGCUCUCCCAGGGGGGAAUGAGGAGAUUGCAAAUCACUUUGAUGAACUUGUUCCUGAUAUGGCACUUGAUUUUCCAUUCGAGUUGGAUAAAUUCCAAAAGGAGGCUAUAUAUUAUCUUGAGAAAGGUGAUUCUGUUUUUAUAGCUGCUCAUACUUCAGCUGGAAAGACAGUUGUUGCAGAAUACGCAUUUGCUUUAGCAUCAAAGCACUGCACUAGGGCUGUGUAUACUGCUCCAAUAAAAACUAUUAGCAACCAAAAGUAUAGGGAUUUCUGUGGGAAGUUUGAUGUUGGUCUUCUUACUGGAGAUGUUACCUUGAAGCCAGAGUCAUCUUGCCUCAUCAUGACUACUGAAAUUUUGAGGUCAAUGCUUUACAGAGGUGCUGAUAUUAUUCGUGAUGUUGAAUGGGUUAUAUUUGAUGAAGUGCAUUACGUAAAUGAUGUUGAAAGGGGUGUUGUUUGGGAAGAAGUUAUAAUUAUGCUUCCAAGACAUGUCAAUAUUGUCCUCCUUUCUGCCACGGUUCCCAACACAACUGAAUUUGCGGAUUGGAUUGGACGGACCAAGCAAAAGAAAAUUCGUGUGAUAUCGACCACGAGGAGGCCAGUUCCUCUUGAGCACUGCUUAUUCUAUUCUGGGGAACUGUAUAAAAUAUGUGAGAAUGAGGCAUUUCUGCCCCAGGGGCUAAAAGCAGCAAAGGAUGCUUGUAAGCGAAAAAAUUCAAAUAUCGCCAGUGGAAGUUCCGGGAAAAUUUUGGGAGCGACAUCACCCCAUGGUGCAGGCCAAAACAGGCAGCGUGAAACUUCUAACCGAUGGAAAGGUCAAAAACACUCUGGGCCUCAAAAUGUAGCCAAGGUUUCUGGACAAAGUGGAGGACAACAAAGUAACUGGGGUUCAAGCAGAUCAGAGGCUUCUUUGUGGUUGUUGCUAGUAAACAAGCUUUCGAAGAAGUCAUUAUUGCCUGUGGUUAUCUUCUGCUUCUCUAAGAACCGUUGUGACAAAUCAGUAGAUAAUAUGACAAGUAUUGAUCUUACAAGCAGUUCCGAGAAAAGUGAAAUACGCCUCUUUUGUGACAAGGCAUUUUCACGGCUAAAGGGAUCUGAUAGGAACCUGCCACAGGUUGUCAGAGUUCAGAACCUACUGCGAAGAGGGAUUGGCGUGCACCAUGCUGGUCUUCUUCCAAUCGUGAAGGAAGUUGUUGAGAUGCUCUUUUGUCGUGGUGUGAUUAAGGUUUUAUUUUCAACAGAGACAUUUGCCAUGGGGGUUAAUGCUCCUGCCAGAACAGUUGUCUUUGAUACAUUAAGGAAGUUUGAUGGCAAAGAUUUCAGGAAACUACUCCCUGGGGAAUAUAUCCAAAUGGCUGGACGUGCUGGAAGGAGAGGACUUGAUAAGAUUGGUACAGUAAUUGUUAUGUGUCGUGAUGAGAUCCCAGAGGAGAGUGACUUGAAACAUGUUAUAGUUGGAAAACCGACUCGACUUGAAUCACAGUUUCGAUUGACCUACACCAUGAUUCUACAUCUCCUUCGUGUUGAAGAAUUGAAGGUGGAGGACAUGCUGAAAAGAAGUUUUGCGGAAUUCCAUGCUCAAAAGAACUUGCCUGAGAAAGAGAAGCUUCUUUUGAUAAAGCUAUCACAAACUACCAAAACCAUAGAUUGUAUAAAAGGAGAACCGGCUAUUGAGCAGUACGUUGAGAUGGCUUCAAACGCAGAGAUAUACAGAGAUGCUAUAUCAAAGGCAGUCAUGCAAUCACGUCUAGCUCAACCGUUUCUCUCUCCUGGUAGAGUGGUGGUUGUCAGAUAUCAGUUAGAGGAAGAUCACUUACUUGGUGUCAUCUUGAAAACACCUUCUGCUAUGAACAAACAAUAUAUUGUUUUAGUAUUGACAACUGAUGUGGCCUCUAUGCAAACUCACAAAGGUCCCUUGAAUACACCUCAAGAGAAAGGAAGUGGCAAUCCCCCUGAAGGAUAUUUUAUUGCUCCAAAAGGAAAGCGUGGAAUGGAUGAAGAGUAUUUUUCAUCUGUCAGUUCUCGUAAAGGAUCUGGCAUCAUAAAUAUCAAGUUGCCUUACCGUGGUAAUGCUGCUGGUGUAAACUAUGAAGUUAUAGCAGUAGAUGAUAGAGAUAUUAUGAGUAUAUGCAAUUGCAAAAUAAAGAUUGAUCAAGUCCGGCUUCUUGAAGAUCCCAGCAAUGUUGCUUACUCAAAAACUGUCCAACAGCUUUUAGAUCAGAAACGUAAUGGAAGUAAAUACCCUCCAGUGCUGGAUGCUGUUAAAGAUCUCAAGUUGAAUGACAUGGCUGUUGUGGAGGAAUACCGCAGCUAUAAUAAACUAUUGCAAAUGAUGUCAGAGAACAAGUGCCAUGGGUGUAUUAAAUUGAAGGAACAUACUAUCUGGGCCAAGGAGCAAAAGAGGCACAAGGAGGAGCUCAAUGCUUUGAAAUAUCAGUUGUCUGAUGAAGCACUUCAGCAGAUGCCAGAUUUUCAGGGUCGAAUUGAUGUGUUGAAGGAAAUCCAUUGCAUUGAUCCUGAUCUCGUAGUUCAGAUCAAGGGCCGUGUGGCAUGUGAGAUGAAUUCUGGAGAAGAACUGAUAUCCACAGAAUGUUUGUUUGAGAACCAGUUGGAUGAUCUGGAGCCUGAAGAAGCUGUAGCGCUUAUGUCUGCACUUGUUUUCCAGCAGAAGAACACAUCUGAACCAUCUCUUACUCCAAAACUGGCUCAUGCAAAGAAGAGGCUGUACGAUACAGCAAUAAGACUCGGGGAGCUCCAAGUACAAUGCAAUGUAUCCAUCGACCCUGAAGAGUAUGCACAAGUCAACCUCAAAUUUGGCCUGGUCGAAGUCGUUUAUGAAUGGGCAAAGGGAACACCGUUUGCUGAUAUUUGCGAGCUUACUGAUGUCCCAGAAGGCUUGAUUGUUAGGACUAUUGUCAGGUUGGAUGAAACAUGCCGUGAGUUCAGGAAUGCUGCAUAAUGGGCAACUCAGCGCUGCAGAAAAAGAUGGAGGCUGCGUCAACGCUAUUAAACGUGAUAUUGUUUUUGCAGCUAGCUUGUAUGUUCCGGAGUCUGAGUUUUCUAUAUAUUUGCCAGUUUCCUUUCC